GCGCAGGCGGUAAAAUGUACAACUUUAUGUAUUGUUUUGUGGUAUAGGAAUAUCAGUGUAUUUUAAUUUUGGCGGGAACUAUUAGACACUGUCAAUAAAAUGGAUAAAAUAGAAAAUUUGCAAAAAUAUUUUCAAGAAUUUGGAUGUACUGUCGAAGACAAUCGUGUUCUUGAUAAAUGUACACAACUGUGUGAUUUGUAUGAUGUCGACGAAGAAAAACUUGUGGAGAUGUGGUUGGGAUACAGUACUUCUACGUAUAAUGAAGUUGAUAUUACUUUAAAUCGACUUAUUAAAAUGGAGAAUGACUUGUUAAAAAAACAAGAUCAGAGUAAUAGUAUGAAUAAAACAGGAGAGUUUUCAAAUGUUAAAAGUGUUAUUGACUCUUCAUACAAACAGAUUGAAACUGAUAGCAUUCUUGAGAUGUAUGGUUGCGAAGGAACCACAGCGUUCACAACAGCUACGAGCAAAAGGGUACGCAGUCCAGAUUUAUUGGAAAAUGAUGAAGAUACUAAAAUACGUGCCGUGGAUUCGCAAUUUUUUCCCCUUAGUUACGCGCCAAGAUCCGAUACUUUGGUCAGAUGUCGCGUUAAUCAUGACUCAGGAAAGACUAUAUUAUUUUUUGGAAAAGAAAUUUCAUCAUGGAACAGAGAAUCCGAUUACGACGUGAAUAUCGUAUCAAUAAGCGAAACUGUACCAUUUAAUUUUUUAUACAUGUACGAAUUACUUCGGUAUCAACAAAGCAACAUUUUCUCCGCUUGUUAUGAAAUCGGAAAACGUUUGUGCAAUAUUUGGUCGAAAACUGACCGUACCAAUAUACUUUAUACACAAAAUGUAACAUUUCAAAGUCAAGCGAAUUUUCGUACCUGGGGUCGGAUUCUUUGCGAUUCUCAUACCAAAUCUGAUAUCACCAGUUAUAUGUUGGAAGGUUGUAAAUUGUCGAACGACGGGUAUAAGGCUGCCACCAUUUCUUUAAAUUUAGACGGUGUAAAACAAUAUUCUUUGUAUCCGGGUCAAAUCGUGGCGGUAGAAGGAACGAAUCCAACGAAUAGUGUAUUUAAUGCGAAACAAUUCUUUACUAAAGGUUAUGCUAGUAAAAGUGAACCGCCUAAACUUAAACAAAAUUUAAAUAUUAUGGUUGCGGCAGGUCCGUUCACGUUGUCGGAUAAUUUGUGCUAUCAGCCAUUGUUCAAUAUUAUGGAACGCGUAGUGAAAGAAGAACCUCAUAUAUUAAUACUCAUUGGACCAUUUAUAGAGAAAAGUCAUCCACAAGUGAAGAAUUCUAAACUCAUGGAAACGUUUCAAGAACUUUUCGAGAGACUUCUAGUCAAAGCUAUGCAAUAUUUAUUAGGAAAGUCUGUUAAACUUGUGAUAAUACCUUCGCAUCUAGAUGCUCAUCAUUUUGCCGUUUUCCCAACACCCAAAUUUCAUAUUAAUAAGGAUAAAUUUCCUCAAAAUGGUGAAAAUCUUUAUAUGAUGUCAGAUCCUUCUAUUGUGGAUAUAGAUGGUUUGAUAAUUGGUGUAACCUCAGUAGAUAGUAUUAAACAUAUAUCAAAAGAAGAAAUUUCAAAUUUUCCAGCAACGGAUAGACUUAUUCGCAUAGCUGAUCACAUAUUGUCUCAACGCUGUUUUUACCCAUUCUAUCCUCCUGCUGUAAAUCUCGAUACAAAACUGUGGAAAAAACACGCUUUCUUUAAUAUACAACCGCAUAUAUUGAUUUUGCCAUCAGAUAUGCGUUAUUUUUGUGGCGUAAUCAAUGAUUGUCUCGUUUUAAACCCUGAACGAUCGAUCAAGCAAAUGUAUGCAAGGUUGUGUAUUAGACCAAGCGAACAAUGGAAUCCUCAUAACGUAUCUUGUGAGAUAGGAAAAAUCUGAGAAUAUUAUUCGCGUGAUAUUCUUGAUUACCAUUAGCACGUUGUACUUGUCUAUUUAAGAAAAUAAUAUUUUCUUUGUA